AUGGUAUCGAAACUACCUCUUGUAUUUCCAACUCAUCAGUUUCCUACUUGCAUCAUUUUCGUAUUGGUGUCUCUUUUUCCUUUCCUACUAUGCUUUUUUUUAAAAAAGAUAUUUGCCGUGUGUUUAAAAAACACAUUAUCCCACUUAAUGACUUUUGACUUCAUACAUGCCUAUAACAGUGUCACAGCUUUUGUAUAUGGACGCCAAGUAUGGGCUCGUAAAGUUUGUCUCAGGGUUCCAUUAUAG